AUGUUGAUUUUUAUAUCGAAUUAUUCUGAGAACGGUCAAUAUUGUGUUUUUUUUUCUACCGACACAAACUGUUCAAUGGAUAAUCUCCGUUUGCGUGGAAUACUCCUAAAUCUUCAAGAUCGUCUUAGUGAUGACGAUCGAAAACGUCUCCAUUUCUUUCUUGCUGAUGAUGUCCCUCGCCGUAUUCGAGAUGAUCAAUCACUUGGUGGAACUCUUAGUCUUUUAGAAAGCUUGUUCGAUCAAGAAAAGAUUCUUCCAACUGAUGUGACAUUGCUGAUUAGAGCAUUCGAACAGAUCGGAUGCUUUGAUGCUGCCCGAUGUCUACGAGCACAUAUGAAUAAUACGAAUGAACCAACACGAAGUCUAUCGGAACUCAUGCCAUCGCUCAUCGAUCGAUUGAUGCAAGAUGACGAAGAUCACGUCACGAUCAGGACUAAACUUGUCGAUGAAAUGAAUAAUAAAAAUGAUUGUAUUGAUCAUAUACCAACGAUACCUGUAAAUAAUAUACAGAGAAAACUUCUCGCACAUUCUGAACAAUCAUAUCAUUCUUGUGCGAAGACGCAAGUGUCUAAAUUACCAUGGAAUAUCAUAUUGUUAAUUCUAUUGAUAAUCGCUAUUGUUGAGUGUGUAUGGAUAGUAUGUCUUCAUGUAAAACUUGGUCAAAUGAUGAAUCAUCGGAAUGCGAAUAAUUCGAAUAGUCAUCGGUGGGGAAAUACGGAAGAUAUUCCUCAACUAAGUACAUCUGCAAUUCCACAGAAAAGAUUCGAUGAUGACAAAGAACGUUCGAAGUUUACCGAAGGAUCGACAUGUGGUUGUCAACAAUGGUGUAAGGAACGCAAUUCAUCAUUUGGAGUGUGUGCUGAUGGUCAUGCAUGUGUCUGUCGCAAUGAAUUUAUUCCAUAUGAUUCUAUCGGCCAUGCAUGUACUUGCGAUCAGUGGUGUCGAACGUACGCUCAUAAAUGCGGUGGAAUUUGUGGCGAUGGAUACACUUGUAUCUGUUCAUGA